AUGGCUCCCAUCCGCACAGCGAUAAUCGGCCUCUCAUCCUCUGCUAAAACCUCAUGGGCCAGCAACGCACACCUCCCCUACCUCCUCUCCCCGCGCGGCCGCUCAAAGUAUCAAAUCGUGGCUCUUCAGAACAGCAGCGUGGAAGCUGCCCAGAAGGCCAUCGCGCACUACAACCUGCCGCCCGAGACUAAAGCGUACGGCUCGCCGGAGGAUCUUGCGAGUGACAAAGAUGUUGAGCUCGUCGUUGUAGCUACGCGUGUGGAUGUGCACCACUCCAGUGCUCUGCCGAGCGUCAAGGCGGGCAAGGCGGUUUACUCCGAGUGGCCUUUGGCGCAGGAUGCUGCGCAUGCGAGGGAGUUGGCCGCGCUGGCGAAGGAGAACGGCUUGAAGACCGUCGUUGGGCUGCAGGGCCGGCUUGCACCGCCUAUUGUCAAGAUUCGUGAGCUUUUGAAAGAAGGGCGAAUUGGAAAGGUUCGUAGCAGUGAGCUUCAUGCUGCCGGUGGGACGAAUGAUCGGGAGAUCUUGCCGGCCAGCCUGCAGUACUUUACGCAGCGUGCUAUCGGCGGGAAUAUCUAUACCAUUGGUUUGGGACAUGUCUUUGAUCAGUACCAAUACAUUCUCGGAGACAUCACCAAUUUCAAAAGCCGCCUUCACAACCAGCGCCCAAGCGUGAAAGUCCGCGACCCAAGCACAAACGAAAUCACAGGAACAGUUACCUCCGACGUCCCCGACAUCAUCUUCGCGACAGGCACACUGCAGGAAUCACCCAUCGCCCAAAAAGACGCCAGCGUGCUGAUCCGCUUCCGCCGCGGCCAGCCCUUCCCCGGCGACCCGCACCUCAGCAUCACCAUCAACGGCGAAAAGGGGGAGAUCAGACUACGGACCUUUGGCGGGACAGCGCUGCACGCUUCGGCGUACUCUAGUCCUUCUAUCGCGAAGCCGGUGGUCCUUGAAGUUCAUGAUUUCGAAAAGGAUGCUGUGGAGGAGGUAGAGUGGAAGUGGGAGGAGUGGCAGGAGGAGGUUCCUGUUAUUGGGAGGAGUGUUGCGGCGGUCUAUGAUCGGUUUGCUGAUGGAGGUGAGGAGGGGCUGGUUUCUUUCGAUGAUGCGUUGCUUAGGCAUGAGCAGCUUGAGGGACUGCUUAGGGAGUGGGAUGCUGAUAGGUCUGAGUGA